AUGGCUUCUGGUGAUGCACAGAGCCUUUUCCGUCAUCUUCUAAUGCGCCAGCUCGUGUCCUCCGAAGGGUCACAUGAUUCUUUCAGCUACUGGGUUGAUGAGAAAUCUCCUGUGGGACCAGACCAAGCCACAGCCAUCAAACGUUUGGCCAGAAUUUCCUUGGUUAGAAAGAUCAUGAAGAAAUGGUCAGUUACUCAAAAUCUGACUUUCAAAGAACAGUUGGAAGCAGGGAUCCGGUACUUUGAUCUUCGUGUGUCUUCCAAACCUGGGGAAGUAGGACACGAGAUUUACUUCAUACACGGCUUGUUUGGCAUCAAAGUAUGGGAUGGGCUGAAGGAGAUUAACACCUUUCUUGAGCAGCACCCCAAGGAAGUAAUCUUCUUGGAUUUCAAUCAUUUCUACGCCAUGGAUGACAGCCAUCACUUCUUUUUGAUUGACAGGAUCCGCUCAGCAUUUGGAUCCAAACUGUGUUCUGUUGAAUGUGUAGAAUAUGUGACGUUACAGUUAAGAAGUGUUCUGUCGUUGUGCCAUCCUCUUAGAGAACGAUCUUACAAGAUUCUCAUAUUCUACCACUACCCUUUGUAUCGGGAAUACCCCUUCCUGUGGCCAGGGAAUAAAAUGCCGGCACCAUGGGCUAAUACAACCAAUGUGCACAAACUGUUACAGUUCCUGGAGACCACUCUUGAGGAACGAAGUCGUUACGGGACUUUUCAUGUUUCUCAAGCAAUUCUCACACCUCGAGUAAAAACUAUUGCACGGCAUCUGAUUCGUGGUCUGAAGAACACACUUGUUCAUAGGAACCUGCCCAUGAUUUUGAAUUGGGUGAAAGCACAGAAGCCAGGUGUUAUGGGUGUUAACAUAAUUACAUCAGACUUUGUGGAGCUGGUUGACUUUGCUGCUACAGUUAUUGCAUUAAACGACCUCCUUUUAGACGAGGAUGAAUCUGCAACUAAAUCCUGA